AUAACAUGUAUAUGGGUAUUCCUAUAUGCUACAAAAUUAUCAUGUAGCCCUAUUCCAUCGAGAGUAAAGAGUUUAUUGAAAGAAAGUAAGAUGGUCUAUAUGAAAAACAUAGAGUAUUACUACCGAGGAAACAUAUAGUAUAGACAAUAUACUGUAUCAAGGUUUCAUUCAGAGAUGUAAGUAGAAUGUGUCCGUAUCGCCAUCGCCCCCGAAUUCACGAUCACUUGGGACUGGCAUCAAUCUGAACACGCCGAUUCUCUCACAGUCAUCGGAGUCUAUGUAUCCAUGUACAAAUCCGUGAAGUUGCAUGGUCACAGAUAGAUAGAGGCAUGUCCCCUCAUCACUCCUCCCUGGCAGGCCUUCUCCAUCGUGUGACCUCCGUUUUAGCUUCUGUCGGCUCGGGAAACCUGAAGGCUCAAUCAUUUGCUGCACAAGCUGUUGCGGCGGUAUUGGCCUGGAUCCUGAUAUACGCUGGAUACUGGCUCACUUUCUUGAAUCAAUAUGUUCUUGCGACUGGUCGUUUCAAAUUUCCAUACCCUCUUGCCGCAACCUUGAUACAGCUCACGGUGUCAGCCGCCCUGUAUACAACUCUGCUUGCCAUAAGUCGACUCUGGCGCCCCGAUUCAAGUGAUCGCUAUCAGCCGUUAUCUUCGUGGAAUCAACAUGAUGGUGCUGCUUCCAUCGGUAGUGUUCUCGAAGAGUCUCGACAGAGACACUCGAAAGGGCCCACGCCCGCAGUCAUCAUACAACGAAUCCACUCUUGGGGAAAGCAGUAUAUAAUGCUGGCCCUCGUGCUGUGUGCGAAGCUCUACUUCUCGAAUUGUUCAUUGGCAUAUUCCGACGCCCACAACUACGAACUCGCUGAGAUCAUCGCGGCUUCUCUCCUAAUGACAUACACCAUCGCUCACGCCAAUGACGAACUAUCUUCCCUUAGCAUCACUACGUUUCUAAUCGCUACCAUGAACGCCUUUUUCGCUGACAUCAAACCCAACAUUCGCCUCCCAUGGGAGGUCAUAUUGUCAUUGGUAUUUUCAUGUCUUCUCUCUGCCGCCUUUCCCGCAAUCCUCAUACGAGCGUAUGGAUUCCACGCGGAGCCUGCCACAACAUGGUCUCAACGUUCUGAAGACGGAGAUCUUGCUCCUGCGCUGAACCAUGUUUCGUUGACUGAACGACUUCGCAUUUCACUUGAACUACUACGCAACGCCGUUUUACUGUCGCUGCUACUUGUCUUGACACUGUUCAUUGUAACAGGCGAGAUAUUAUCUGUCUGGCGGAACUACUACUUCCUCGGCGAUCAAUCCUUUAUCCUGAUAAUGGCUGCUAGUGGUGGCCUCACGGCGCUGACGAUCUGUUCAACCCUUCUCCUUGUACAGGCUACGAGCCCAUUAUUUGUGGUUUUUGUGCCAGUAAUGAAGAUUUUGUGGCGGCUUUGGUGGUACGACAGUAAGCUCGAUGGUAUGAGCCACAUUCGGGUUGUUGUGGGUGGGUUGGCCGGGCUCUGGUUUUCUGGGAGCGGCUCAUGGCCAUGAAGCGGUGAGCACAUGUCACGCAAACACGAACACCAAUCUUGCUCCCGCCAACUCGAACACAGCGUUUAUUGAUCAACGGUGACCUGAUGUCGUGGUUUGGUGAAACAAGAAACAAGAGAUAGUCUUGGCAUUAUCAGCAGAUCUCAAACGAUGCAUGAAACGUUGCUGUGAGAUCCGCUAUGGCUCGAGAAAGCUACGUUCAGGACCGCUAAGGCAUAAAAACGGAGACCGACGUAACUCUAAACCUAUCAUUAAUCUAAGCUUCUACUGCGUCU